AUCCUGCCUUGUAUCAAUGGCUCAGGUUGGUGGUGGUGUAGUGGAUCCAUCCUGCCUUGUAUCAAUGGUUCAGGAUGGUGGUGGUGAUGGUGGUGGUGUAGUGGAUCCACCCUGCCUUGUAUCCAUGGUUCAGGAUGGUGGUGGUGAUGGUGGUGGUGUAGUGGAUCCAUCCUGCCUUGUAUCAAUGGUUCAUGAUGGUGGUGGUGAUGGUGGUGGUGUAGUGGAUCCACCCUGCCUUGUAUCAAUGGUUCAGGGUGGUGGUGGUGGUGUAUGGUGUAGUGGAUCCAUCCUGCCUUGUAUCAAUGGUUCAGGAUGGUGGUGGAUGGUGGUGGUGUAGUGGAUCCACCCUGCCUUGUAUCAAUGGUUCAGGAUGGUGGUG